CCAUCAGCGCGCAGAGCCAGUCGGUGUCAGGGUCUGAGUGUGACCGGAUCCAAGAUCAGUCCUGGCCCGGUCCGGCUGCGGCACAUGAGCCAGAGACACCGGACCGAACCGGUACCAGAACCAGCAGAACUCACUCUGAGAUGGAGAUGCCUGGACGCCUCCAGCCGCCGCCGCCGCCGCCGCCGCAGCGGUCCGGCACGAUGAAGCGGCGGCGCUGGGGCGGACUGCGGCAGCAGUGGAAACUUCUGGGUCUGUUUGAGAUCGACCAGCAGCACGAGUUCUACGGCCUGACCUGCAGGAUGAAGGAGGGCCUGGCUGCAGCCAUACACACCUCCACACACACACCGCCAGUGAACGACCUUUCAGACGACGACUUCAGAUCCAAGGUCACGCAGGUGCACAAGGACUUCUCCCUGGAGACGUUCGGCGGCCCGGUGUUCGCCGCUCUGCGCGCGUCGCUAGGAAUCACAGAGGAUGAGUACCUGCAGUCUCUGUGCUCAGAAAGUUGUUACCUGCAGUUCAUCAGCAACUCCAAGAGCAAAGCCGACUUCUUCCUGACAAAUGAUAAACGUUUUUUCCUGAAGACUCAAAACAAACGGGAGAUUAAAUUCCUUCUGUCCAACCUGAAGAUCUACGUCGAGCAUCUGAGGAAGUUCCCACAUUCACUGCUGGUCAAGUUCUUAGGAGUUCACCGGAUCCGGAUCCCGCCCGGUCGGAAGAAAUAUUUCAUCGUGAUGCAGAGCGUCUUUUAUCCGGACGAACGCAUCAACGCCCGGUACGACAUCAAAGGCUGCCAGGUGAGCCGGUGGACGGACCCGGCGCCGGAGGGCAGCCAGAUCAUCGUGGUUCUGAAGGACCUGAACUUUGAAGGCCAGUUCAUCACGCUGGAGCGGCAGCGCUCCUGGCUCGUUCAGCAGGUGGAGAUCGACACCGGCUUCCUGGAGCGGCUCAAUGUUCUGGACUACAGCCUCCUGCUGGCCCACCAGCCGCUGCACCACGACGAGCGGAACCAGAACCUGUCCUUCGCCUCGCUCAUCGUCAGAACCAAGAAGUCCGUGAAUCCCGGGUCCAGCCCGAUCCACGCCGAAGUCCCAGGAGCGGUUAUGAACGACGACGCCGGACCGUCACCGGAACCGGACUCGGGCUUAACGUCGUCCCGAGACCGAGACGACUCGACCCGGAUUAGUCCGCGGCCCGCCGGAUCCGACGCCGACUCGCCCGACGACUUCAGGACCCAGAACCGGCGGCUGCUGCCGAACCUGAAAAACCCGCUGCACGUCAUCGAUGGACCCGAGCAGCGCUACUUCAUCGGCAUCAUCGACGUCUUCACCGUGUACGGCCUGAAGAAGCGGCUGGAGCAUCUGUGGAAGAGCCUGAGGCAUCAUGGCCGCUCCUUCUCCACCGUCAGCCCGCAGGAGUACAGCCGCCGGCUGCAGCACUGGGUCCAGAACCACACCGAAUAGACCCAAUGGGUCCGGAACCACACCGACUGGACCCAAUCGGUCCGGAACCACACCGACUAGAACAGAACCACACCGACUGGACCCACAGGGUCCGGAACCACACCGACGAAACCCACUGUGGUACCGACGAAACCUGCUGGAUCCAGAACCACACCGACAAAACCCAAUGGAUCCAGAACCACACAGACUAAAUCUGCUGGAUCCAGAACCACACCGACAAAACCCAAUGGAUCCAGAACCACACAGACUAAAUCUGCUGGAUCCAGAACCACACCGACGAAACCCAAUGGGUCCAGAACCACACGGACUAAACCUGCUGUGGUUCCGACUAAACCUGCUGGAUCCAGAACCACACGGACUAAACCUGCUGGAUCCAGAACCACACCAACUAAACCCAAUGGGUCCAGAACCACACCGACGAAACCUGCCCGAUCCAGAACCACACGGACUAAACCUGCUGGAUCCAGAACCACACCGACGAAACCCAAUGGGUCCAGAACCACACCCGCUGCGGUACCGACUAAACCCAAUGGGUCCAGAACCACACCAACGAAACCCAAUGGGUCCAGAACCACACCAACGAAACCUGCCCGAUCCAGAACCACACGGACUAAACCCAAUGGAUCCAGAACCACACAGACGAAACCCAAUGGGUCCAGAACCACACGGACUAAACCCGCUGCGGUACCGACGAAACCCACUGUGGUUCCGACUAAACCUGCUGGAUCCAGAACCACACCAACGACACCCAAUGGAUCCAGAACCACACCGACGAAACCUGUUGCGGUACCGACUAAACCCAAUGGAUGCAGAACCACACGGACUGAACCUGCUGGAUCCAGAACCACACCGACGAAACCUGUUGCAGUACCGACUAAACCCAAUGGGUCCAGAACCACACCAACAAAACCUUCCUGAUCCAGAACCACACCAACUAAACCCAAUGGGUCCAGAACCACAUGGACUAAACCCAAUGGAUCCAGAACCACACCGACGAAACCUGCUGUGGUUCCGACUAAACCUGCUGGAUCCAGAACCACAUCAACAAAACCCGCUGUGGUAUCGACUAGACCCAAUGGGUCCAGAACCACAUCAACAAAACCCGCUGUGGUACCGACGAAACCCAAUGGGUCCAGAACCACACCAACAAAACCCAAUGCGUCCAGAACCACACGGACUAAACCCAGUGGAUCCAGAACCACAUCAACAAAACCCGCUGUGGUACCGACGAAACCCAAUGGGUCCAGAACCACACUAACUCGACGGUCCGCCUCCUUCAGCUCACAGAACCAGAACCACUGGGUUUCUGGUUUCUAAAUGAAAAGAAAACAAACUUUUUAAAGAACGAACUAAACCAUCGUUCUGCAUCAGGUCAAAGGUUAAAGGUCACAGCUGCUUGCCAGGGUUGAAGGAGAAAGCCUCUUCUCUCUAGAAACAAGAUGGCCGCCGGACUGAGGUCAUCAAAGCCAAAAUGUCAUGACGACGUCCUCUGGACCGAACACCAGGCACGGCGGUGGAGGCAUCAGGAUGUGGGCUUUCUCUGUCUCUCAGUUAAUGAUUGGACUAGACCAGGGGCGUCCAAAAUUACGGCCUGGGCUCCAUUUUUGGCUCUUGGACUGAUCUUUGCGGCCGCCAGCUGCAGCUCAGGAAAGAAGCAAAUUCUGAUCAAGAUUAGAUUGUGGAGAUUAGACCUUCCUAAUCUAAUCUGAUGCAAAUAAAUUCAAAUUCAAAAAUA